UACGUCACUGCGGCGGCAAGCUAGCCGCGAAAGAGACCCUCACCGGGUGCAAUCCCGGGGAAAAGUCAGAACUUAAGGAAAAGCGACUAGGCGAACGGGUGACGGAGAACUCCGCGUGGGACCAGGGCUUCUGCAGCCGCGAGAGACGGGACCUCCCCAGGGGGCGGGGCUUAGCGUUUCGGCUUUCAGACUGGAAGAUCUGAGGUGGGCGGGGUCGCAGGGGCCGCUUGUCUGCCUGCGCGUGCUCGGUGAGAACCUGCUCCUGUCUUGUUGGCUGACUUCGCCAUGGACUUUCGGUCGGCUCGGAGAGCUGUGCUUCAGCUGCUCCGAACUACGGCUCCCGCAGACGUCCCGGCACUGCUCCACUGGAUGAGGACUACCCGGGAUUUUGAUGAAUUUACUCAAGAUAAUAGUGACAUUAUGUUGAAGAACAUAGCAGAUGACCUUCGGAACUGUUUGCCGGUAGAAGCUGUGCUUUGCUCGGAACAUCUAGCCCUUCAAAAAAUGAGACAACAGCCAGAACCCACAGUUCACGUUGAUGCAUUCCUUUAUGAUGAAGAUUUUAUUGAUACAUUAUGUGAGGAAGGAAAAAUGAGCAGAAACUACUGUACAGUGUGUGGCUCACACCGAACAGCGCCUUUGGGAUUUAUUUCUCAUUCCUUCUCCCUCACGGAGUUGCAGUUCAUUUAUCAUCAUGUACUCCCUGAUCUUUCAGGAAAGGUCUUGGUUGACGUUGGCUCCAGACUUGGCACAGUCCUUUAUGGGGGCUACCUUUACAGCUCAGCAGUGCAGCUCUGUGGGGUCGAGCUGAAUGAAGAAUUUUGCCAAUUGCAGGAAAUGAUCAUAAAGAAAUACCAGUUCGGUGACAGAAUAAAGGUGCUUCAUGCAGACAUCUGUACCCAAAGUUCCCUUCUACAAACUGCUGAUGUCAUUGUAAUGAAUAAUGUCUUCGAAUAUUUUCUUACUGAGGCUCAACAGGCCAGUGCCUGGAACUACAUCAUCCAUAACGUAAGAAAACAAGGAUCACUAUUAGUGACAGUACCAAGUCUCCAAGAUUCUCUCAUGGGUCUAGAGAUUAAUAUGCAACUGUCCUCCUGGGUGGAAGAGCUACCUUUGAACCUCGAUGUAUAUUCACAAAGGGACAUUGACCAAGAAGCUCUACAACAAAUUCAUUUAUAUAAGGUCCUCUAGCACCAAAGUAACCCAUUGUGAUACCUCAUCCAUAUGCUGUGUAUAUUUCCUUUCAAGCAUUAUAUGCAUGACUAUGUGCUAGUAACUAAUUCUUUGUGACUAUCUAUCUAUAUAUAUAUAUAGUAGUCAUGUGGAUAUAAAUAAACCGUAUGAUAACUAAAAUAUAUAUCUGAAA